AUGAAGCCAUGGAUCCGGAGUCCUACGUCCGCUCGUCACGCCGUCGUCACGGGCGCCAUCCUCUCCGCUGCGGCCGGCGAGGCCUACGACGGCGUGGACCGCAUCAGCGCCCUCACCGACGACAUCCUACGCAUCAUCGUCUCCCGCCUCCCCAUCAAGGACGCCGUGAGCACCACCGUGCUGUCGAAGCGCUGGGUACGCCUCUGGAGCUCUGUGCCACUCGUAUUUUAUGAUGAGCAGCUCUCCACCUCCCCCGAAUCCACCCGAGUCGCCGCCGUGGACUGCAUCCUGUCCAGGCACCCGGGCCCGUUUCUCGCAGUACACAUCUCAUCCAUCGAAUUCAGCCAGCGCCACCUCAACGAGUGGCCGCCUCUCCUCGUCGACAAGUGCGUUGUGGACCUCGUCUUCGUCGGCUUGAGGAGGAGUUUCUCCCUAACCCUCCCUGCGAGCAUCUUGUCCUGCACCAAUCUCCGGAGUUUGUACCUAGGAUCAUUGGACCUCCCGUCUGAGGCCCCAGCGGCGUUGGCACCUUCCCUCAUCUGGAGGAACUCGUCAUCCUCAAUUGUGCCAUUAAUCAGGACAUCCUGA